AUGGUUGAUUCGCUUAUUUUACCUGAUGGGCAAUGGAAUAAACCGGUGAUUGAAAGGCUUUUUGAUAAAGAUUCUUCAGAGACAAUCUUGCAGAUCUAUUGGGCAGACAACAAUCAAGAAGACAUGGUUGUGUGGACGGGAUCCCAUUCCAGAACGUUUCACGUUAAAUCAACUUAUAAGUUCAUUAAUCCUGUUUCUGGGGUUAGCUCGAACUGGUGGCAAUUCUUGUGGAAGAGUAAAAUUCAUGAUCGACUAAAGUAUUUCAUGUGGAAGUUGGCUUCAAAGGGACUUACGUUACGUGCAACCUUGCAAAGCUGCAACUGGGAGAUCAACAAUGCCGGAUGUCCUCAUGGACAAGAGACCAACUUUAGAAGAGGAAGUCAGGCACUGUUUAGUAGAUUUGAAGAACACAAGAAGCUUUUGUCGAUUAAUAGUGUUCACCGGCUUAAUUCCUCUUCUAGAAAGGUGGUGACGAAUUCAUGGAGCCGACCCCUGCAUGGAUUCAUCAAAGUUAACUGCGAUGCUUCUGUAAAGGAUAAUUCUGCUGGUAUAGGAGUGGUAAUGCGAAAUCACGAGGGUGAAGUCAUAAUGCUCAAGUCGUUCACCAUCAAUCUUGGCUUCCCUGAAGCAGCAGAAGCAGAUGGACUUCUAAAACCGGUCCAGUUGGCUAUUGAAGGAGGCCAUCCCAGCAUCUGCUGCGAAAGUGAUGCUAUUAUUCAAAGUCUCAACAAUCCUUCCAGUAUCUCUUGCCAUUGGUCUACUGCCGGAUAUAUGAAGAAAAAUUUAGAUUUACGUUCUCUUUUCGUGCUAUCUCAUUUACUUGGAUACCAAGAAAAGCUAACGGGUUAG